GGAUUCUACCAUACCACUGGCUCACUCUUUUUUGGAUACCUACUCAUAUCCCUCUUGCUUUAUUCUCUCUUUGUCUUUUUGUGCCGCUCUUUGCGACAUAUUGCUUCCGCCACGCGUAUCGUCGAUAAGCCGCAAUAUCGCCGAGUGAGACAGCCAUCCAAGUCAUAAUGGCUCGUCCGGAUGAUUCCUUCACGACUCCACCUGCUUCGUCGGAUGAUGAGUCUCUUUCUGAUGCGUCCUGGUCCGAUGUCGACGACGACGACGAUGACAUGGACUUUUUGAAUGAUGCCGGCUCCGACCUCGAGGAGGGGGAGGAAUCGAAGCCGGAGAGGAGGCCCAGAUCAAAGCCUAAGCCUGCCCCAAGGCCUCAGAGAAGCCCUUCUAAAGCAGGGAAUGGCAAAGGUAAAGGUAGAGCGGACGCACCUUCCGCAGGGAAGAACGAAUUUGUAGGGCAUCGGCUCAAUAAGCCGGUGGUCGUCCAAGUGAGCUGCAAGAUGCUCUUUGAGGAGAUGAAGAGUGGUGAAAUUGAUCUAAAUGCAGAAUAUCAACGUGAUGUUGUGUGGCCUGAGAAGAACCAGAGCAAAUUGAUUGACAGUAUUUUGAGGAACUACUAUAUCCCUCCUGUUGUGUUCUCCAAAAUAGACAAGGGUAUGAAUGAAGUGAAGAUAUGUGUUGAUGGUAAACAAAGGCUAACAAGCAUCCUGAAGUUCAUGAAUAGUGAGGUCCAUUAUAUCAGUAGGAAAACGGGCCACAAGUACUACUGGGACCGUGUGCGUGGUGUGAAGGGGGCUCAAAUCCUUCCGGAUGCCUGGAAGUCCGAGUUCGAACGUGCGCAGAUGACGACUGUGAGUUUCACAGAUCUCAGUCCGUAUGAGGAACGCGACAUCUUCCAGAGGGUGCAGCUUGGUAUGGCACUGAGCACGCCCGAGAAAUGGCAGGCUCUCCAAGGACCAUGGCCCGACUUCAUGCGACAACUACGUCUGUCAUACUUCAGCAAUGAAAAUCGUGAUUCGAAUAUCCUCGAUAACAUUCAAUGGGAUAUCACGCGCGCGAAGGACUUUCAAGACCUCGUCCGAAUGACAUUCAUGGUCAACGCUACUAUCGUUACGCACGAACCCCCUCCAAUCAGCUCGGAGAAACUGGAGGAGGCGAUGAGUGACGAGCAAGGCCCAUCGGAUAAGUUCCAGAUCCAGAUGGCCACCAUACUCGCCACCUUCCUACGACUUGUCAAGACCGAACAAUACUCACACGCAUUCUAUGGCAAGGUUGCCCCUGUUGAACUGGUCAUGAUUGCUGUCCUCAUUGGCAUGUGCAUGGAUCACGUCAGGGACACUGAUCUGGCUGAGGGUAUCCGGGAGAUGAGGGACAAUGUUCGCAGGACCACUGCCAAAGGUUACAUUAUGUGGAAACCUGAAGUCGUAAAGAAGAUGUUGCGGUUCAUUGAAGCGUGGAAGCGAGAGCAUUCACGGAAAGUUGACCGUAAAAGUGUUUCAUCGUACCAAUCAAGAGUGGACGUAGCAUCGAACAACGACGUCUCCAGAAACGAUGUCUCCAGAAAGCGAAAUGCAAGCGCUGCACAUGAAGACUCCAGUGACGAGGAGCGUCGCAGGACAGAUCGCAAUGUCCGACCACGGAGUUCAGCACUGGCGGACACCAAGAUUCCCAAGAAAACCUCUACUAGCACCUCCACAACCACUAAUGCUGGAUCGGGGUCGAGAACUUCGUCCGCUCAAGCCGGUCCUUCAGGUACACAUGCCCCUCAGCGUGUGGCACCACCGCCCUUGGUCAGCAGGGAGACGUUGCUAAGCCAGGCUGGAGUCCGUUCCACUCCCACCAGCAACAGCAACAGACAGAAUUCCUCCGGGUCAUCAGUCCAGGAGAGGUCGCCCGUUGAGACGAGGUGUCCAACCACCGUUCUGGCACCAAGUACAGCUAGUAACGGGAUUGUAGUUCGGCAACAACGCCCGCCAACCACCGUUCCGGCACCAAUUACAGCUAGUAACGGUAUUGUAGUUCGACAGCAACACCCAGCUCCAGCUGCUAUAGCUGAUAUGGACCGCGCGACCAUGGAGCAGGAAAUCGACCGAACGACAGAAGAGAUCACUGCGCUCUCAGUGCUCGUCGCAAGAGGAGACCGGCCCGAUCACGCAGAGCUAGCUGCGAGACUGAGGCAACUGACGAGUCUCAAGACGCAAUUGCUCAAGAACAAGUUCUUGGGCCGAAAUUUCAGGAGAGCGUGACGGUCAUGCGAUCAUUCAGUAUCCUUGCUCAGAGCUAACGCGGGACACACGACUCCUACAAAUUGUUCCAGUGCUUCAAUUAGGUGCUGUGUCGUUC